UCCUUCCCCUCCAUUUUCCCGAGAGAAGGAAGAAAAUUCAUUUCGAGGGAGAGAGAGAGAGAUUUUCCGGCCAAGAUCAGAUCAUGGAGAGGGCUGCGUUCGGGUACUCUGCCGUGAGCAAGGGUGAGAAGGAUCUCGAGUCCGGGGAGACGCUCUACCCGGGCCUCAGCCACGGCGAGAACCAGCUCCGGUGGGGCUUCAUCCGCAAGGUCUACGGGAUCCUGGCUGCUCAGAUCCUGUUGACCACCGUCGUCUCCGCCGUAACCGUCCUCUACGCCCCUGUCAACGAGCUCCUCAGGGGAAGCCCCGGCCUCCUGCUCUUCCUCGUGUUCCUUCCUUUCAUCUUGUUGUGGCCUCUGCAUGUUUAUCAGCAGAAGCACCCCUUGAACUUUGUCUUCCUGGGCCUCUUCACGCUGACACUGAGCUUCACUGUCGGAGUGAGCUGUGCAAACACUGAUGGAAAAAUUGUGCUCGAAGCUCUAAUCUUAACAUCAGCAGUUGUGUUUGCCCUAACCGGGUAUACAUUCUGGGCCUCUAGGAAGGGCAAGGAUUUCAGCUUCCUUGGUCCGAUUCUGUUCACCAGCCUUGUCGUUCUGAUCAUGACUAGCUUCUUGCAGAUGUUCUUCCCACUGGGCCCCACAUCAGUGGCCAUCUACGGAGGCAUCAGCGCCAUCGUCUUUGCAGGAUACAUCGUCUAUGACACUGACAAUCUGAUCAAGCGGUUCACAUACGAUGAGUACAUCUGGGCUUCCGUCACUCUCUACCUGGACAUUCUCAACCUGUUCCUCACCAUUCUGAGGAUGAUGAGGGAGGGAAAUAAUUAAGACCGGAACCUCCUCGUUGGAGUCGUGUGGUAACAGGUUUGUUGCUGCACGAGCCCUAUUAUAUGGGUGAUUUGGGUAGAUGACUCCAUGAAAUGAUUCAGUAAAAUGCUCGACCGUUGCUGUGAAUACUGAAUUUGAUACAGUAGUGAUGUAAUCGGUCCCUCUAUGGUACUGAGUUGCAUAUGAGUGACCAAUCUUUUGCUAAGCAGCUACAGUAUCUCACCUCACUGGUUCGAAGUGUCGUGGCGUGAGAAUUUACUUGUAAUAAUUGCUUGCUUUUCUUGAAGUUAAUGUUUUCCUCCAUUCCCAACUUCGAUGUGAAAACAGAGGGGAGCUCACCGAUCACAAUGGCAUAUGCUGCAGGAUUACUGUAAAGUGAUGCCGAUAUUAUGUGGAUUA